AUGGCUCCGUCCUUCGACCACUUGCGCGAGGCCGACCUCGACGACGACGAGUUUAAUGAGGAUGAUAUUGACAUCUCGGAUCUUCGCGAGAAGUUCGAGGUUUCGUUGGAGCAGGGCUAUGACGCCUUUGUUGUAGUCGACGGCCUCCCCAAGGUCACGGAGGACCAGAAACCGAAGCUGCUCAAAUUUUUGUUGAAGAAGCUUAACACUGUUGGAAGGACGAGAGAGGAUUUAGUCUAUAUGCCCAUGGGCGAUGAUGGAUAUUCUAUGAGGUUAGUUGCUGCGUUCGAUAUUGCACUCGUAGCAUUGACCAUCUUUGCAUUUGUUGAGUAUUCUUCACCUGCCGAAGCCGCUGCUGCCACGAGACAGCUGGACCUGGUUCCCCUUGACAAGAAGCACACUAUGCGUGUGAAUAAAUUAACCGACAUCGAGCGGUAUGGUGGCGAGGGCAGAGUUGACGAAAAAUAUACACCUCCUCACAUUGACGAGUUUACCGAGAAGGAGCAUUUGCGGUGGUUCAUGAAGGACCCCUCUGGCCGAGGACGCGACCAAUUCGUUAUGUAUCGCGGAGACACUGUGGGCGUGUUUUGGAACAACGAGAAGGAUCAGCCUGAAAACAUCGUUGACCGACUACACUGGACCGAGACUUUCUUGCAGUGGUCGCCGCUCGGCACAUAUCUGACUUCAAUCCACGCCCAAGGCGUUCAGCUCUGGGGCGGUCAAUCAUGGUCCCGACAAGCUCGAUUUGCCCACCCCUACGUCAAUCUCGUCGCCUUCUCCCCAACUGAGAGGUAUUUGGUUACUUGGUCUAACCGACCAAUUUCCAUCCCCGAGACUGGCCACCCUGCACUCUCCAUCGAUGAUGAUGGCAAGAAUUACGUUAUUUGGGAUAUCGCUACUGGCGCUCCCUUGCGUUCUUUCGCCAACCUGGACUUGCCGAAGGGCGAGGAGGGCAAGCCUCCGCCAAAGUUGCAAUGGCCGGCCUUCAAGUGGUCCGCAGACGACAAGUAUGUGGCCCGGUUGACGCAAGGCCAGUCCAUCUCUGUCUAUGAACUGCCACGCAUGAAUCUGCUAGACAAGACGAGCAUCAAGAUCGAAGGCGUCAUGGACUUUGACUGGGCUCCCGCUACUGUGCAGAGAGAAGGUGUCAAGAGCUACGAGCAGCUUUUCUGCUUCUGGACUCCCGAAAUUGGCAGCAAUCCCGCCAAGGUCGGCUUGAUGAGCAUCCCUUCCAAGGAAAUUGUCCGAUCGCUCAAUCUCUUCAGCGUUAGUGACGCUAAGCUGCACUGGCAAUCGGAGGCUGCCUAUCUUUGCGUCAAGGUCGACCGACACUCCAAAUCAAAGAAAUCGCAAGCCACGACACUGGAGAUUUUCCGAGUUAAGGAGAAGGGCGUCCCUGUCGAGGUUGUCGAUACCAUCAAGGACACCGUCAUCAACUUUGCUUGGGAGCCCAAGGGUGACAGGUUCGCGAUCAUCACCACCACCGAGCCAGUCGGCGUCACUGCUGUUCCACCCAAGACGGCCGUCUCCUUCUUCUGCCCCGAAAAGGUCAAGGGACCUAUUGCGGGCAACUUCAAGCACCUUAGAACACUGGACAAGAAGAACAGCAACGCCAUCUAUUGGUCACCGCGGGGACGAUUCGUUGUCAUUGCCACAAUCCACAAUCAGCAGAGCUCCGACCUCGAUUUCUUUGACCUGGACUUUGAGGGUGAUAAGCCCGAAUCAGACAAGGACAUGACUGCCAACCUGCAAUUGAUGAACACUGCUGAUCACUACGGUGUAACCGAUGUUGAGUGGGAUCCGUCAGGACGAUAUGUUGCCACCUGGGCAUCAGUCUGGAAGCAUGCUAUGGAAAACGGAUACCACAUUUAUGACUUCAAGGGUGAGGCUCUGCGGGAAGAACCCAUCGACAAAUUCAAGCAGUUCCAGUGGCGACCAAGACCUGCUAGCUUGUUGACCAAGGAGGAGCAGAAGCAGGUCCGCAAAAACCUGCGAGAGUACAGCCGUGUGUUCGAACAGGAAGAUGCCGACCGUGGUGCUUCUGCUGAUUUGGCCGUGGUCGAGGCCCGACGAGCUAUGUUGGAGGAAUGGUACGCUUGGCGCGCCGAUGUCGAAGAGGAGAUUUACGAGGAGCGCUCUGCGCUUGGCUUACCACAGGAUCCUCACGCUGCUAUGCUGGAGGCCAAGACCAAGGCUAUGGGGGCCAGUGGUGCGGACCAGGACCAGGUCAUCGAAGAGAUUGUAGAGGAUGUUUUGGAAGAGAGCGAAGAGGUUCUGGCAUAG